AUGGCGAUGGAUCGAUAUUGCAUGUUCACAAUACUUGACAAGUAUAGGAAACAUCAUAAUGCUACUUCAGAUGUCACUGUUCCUGAUAAAGACAACCAGGACAAUUAUGAAGAAUAUCUGAAGCUCAAAGCAGUAGUUGAAUGUCUCCAAAAGUCUCAGAGAAAUCUCCUUGGUGCCGAUCUCGGCUCAAUGAAUGUUAAAGAGCUUGGGCAACUUGAGAAUCAAAUAGAGAUGUCAUUACAACAGAUAAGAUCAAAAAAGACACAGUUAAUGCUUGACAAUUUGUGUGAUCUCAAAAGAAAGGAACAAAUACUGCAAGAUGCCAACAAAACAUUGGAAAGGAAGUUAAUUGAAGUCAAUGCAAGGAACACAUUCCAUUCACAAGCAUUCCUGCAUCCAUCUCUGCAAAUUGGGUACAAUCCAGUUUAUUUACAGCAAUCAAACACACAAAUCACAUCCCAGAUUUCAGGCUUUAUGCCCAUGGAUGGAUAAACACUGAUUAUUCCAAUAUAAAUAUAAAUAUAUAAUAAAUAAAUAAAUAAAUACUCUUCUCUGCUUUUUACCCAUAUAUAUAUAUAUGCCCAGGAUGUUUUUGUAAAUAUUUCAUGGGUGGUGGUAAUUUCAGGCAUUUGGAGGGAUGCAUUU